AUGAGCCAGUCGUCACAAUCACAAGAGUCGGCAGAAUUGCACGCAGCCAAGUACGACCCCGAGAGCCAGAGCUCGCAGCAUGGGGGUCAGGAUGAUAACUCUCUGAUGAGAGUAGUGACUGAAUACACAGAGUACGCUGUUAGUCACGCAGACUCGCACAACAUUGAGGAGAACAAUAGAGAGGUCGAGGAGCAGGAAAACCAGGAAAAACAGCAGGAUAUCGAGCAAAUGGAUAAACUGGGGCCCAUCAAGACUGGGUUCUGGUCUAAAAGAAAGACCCAGGAAAGAAAAUCGUUCCUAGUGCAGUACGCGAUCAUCAUCGUUAUUCUAUGGGCGUUUAUUUUAAGCGCCUUUUCCAUCUACUGGGGGUCCAUGUAUGGUCGUCAGAACCGGUUUGUCAACUUGAAGGUCUUGGUUGCUAUUGAGCAAGGUGCCGAUGUUAAUAAUUCCGACUAUCCGUUGUCGCAGGCCAUUCUCGAAACCAUCCAGUUGCCGGAACUGGAAACCCUUCUUGGAUGGGAGCCACACAACUUCACUAGCGACGACGAAAUCGUCGACAAGGUGUACAAACAGAAAUACUGGGCUGCUAUCUACGUUUCCAGUAACGACGUUUCUCGUCAACUGGUCGAGGCCAUUGAAAACGGGUCCGACCUCAACACCUCGUCUUUGGUCAGAUGCUAUUACGAAACAGGAAGAGACUUGAACGGACAAAACCAGUUUGUCAAGCCAAGUCUGGCCGACUUCGGUGUUGCUUUCAGUCAAAUCGUCCAACAGAAAGUGUAUCCAAAACUGCUAUCUAACCUUACACCAGACCAGUUUGCUAAGCUGCAAAACACAUCUAUUCUUACAAAUACCCCAACCGUCGAGUACAUUGACGGAAAGAAGGUCACCAACACCGUGGUCUUGGCACCUCUUCAAGUGGGUCUUAUCUACAUUAUCAUCAUCACCUUUUUCCAGGUCACAUGGUUCCAGAAACUGAACCAAAAUGUUGCCUCGCAUCUGAAACCAAAAAGCUAUAUUGGGUACAGAAUGGUGCAGUCCCAGGUCACCUUCUUGCUCGUUUCUCUUGGUUACAGUUGUUUGAACGCAGCUUUCCAAAUCCCAAUGAACAAAAGUUGGAAAGGAGGUUUCGGUGUCUUGUGGAUGUUCUCGUAUCUGGCUAUGGCCGCCGUGGGAGGAGCAAAUGAAAACCUUUCGCUGAUUUGUUUCGCAGUGUUCCCUCCAAUGAUGGGAUUCUGGCUUCUGUUUUUUGUUGUUUCAAACAUCUCUGCCACCUUCGCUCCAAUCGAGGUUUGUCCCGAGUUUUACAGAUUCACCUAUGCGUUCCCAAUCAAGAAUGCUUAUGAGUUGAUGAAGAUGCAGCUGUUCGAUACCUACCGUGGCCAACUCGGCCGAAACAUCGGUGUUCUUAUCGCAUGGAUCGUGCUCAACAACAUCCUGUUCCCAUUCUGUCUUUAUUUCUUCAGUUGGAGCAUGAAACGCAACAUGAUGAAAGCCAAGGCUGGAAAAAACUAA